AUGGGUGCUGGAAAAGAAUCACAUGGACAUAAUUCAUAUAAAACAAAACGUCAUGAUAAAGAAGACGAUAUUGAUCGUCACAAACGUCCAAGACAUACAGAAAAAACAGAACCAAACGAGAUAACAGAUGAAGAAAUUUUAGCAAUGGGACUUCCACUGAGCUUUGAAUCAUCAAAAGGUAAACAGGUUCAAAAAAAUCCAGUCGAAGCUCAUAGAAUUGGACAAAUUAGGAAGUACAAUCGUGUUCUUGCUAGAAAAUUAUCUCAAGCUAUGCUUGAUAGACUUAAAAUGGAGAGGUUACAAAAUAAACUUGCCGAUAAUGGCGAGUAA